AUGGAGCCACCAGCGAGGGAUCGCAGCAUGCUCCACCUCUGCUUCCUUCUUGCGUCCACCGCCACCCUCUCGGCUGCCGUUGCGGCUUCCCCUUACUCCUCUGCCUGCUCCUCCCUGCCACCGGCUCACGACCGCCACACGGACGGCGACGACGCCAUUGCGCUCAUCCGCUCCUUCCAAAUCUCGGCUGGCCAGUUCUCAGGCGGCGCCGACGGCUUGUUUUCCCCCGACGAUGACCCCUACGACCCCCGCCCGUUCCACUUCUUUCCACACCGCGCCUCCCGCACGGACGAACCCGCUCUCGUCCACCUCACCGCCACCUUGACCCUCAUUGGCCCCCGCAGCUGGCGCAGCGGAGGCCGCCACCAUUACAGCGAAGCCGCGUCCAUCGCCUUCGUCCUCGACGGUUACCACUCCUCGGCCUCGCUCGAGCUCUGCAUGGUCGGGACUGGCACCGAGCACGCCGCCGACGGUUCUCUCAAGUUGUACCCUGACGUCGUCCUCCGCCUCCACGUCCCCAGCCCUCCCAGCCUCGCCGACCCCUUCGUUUCGGGCAGCAUGGAGGGCUCCUCCGACCUCGGGACCAUCCGCCUCCUCGCGUACGCCGAGGGCGAUCACUACAAGUACGACUCCGAGCGUGCGGCCUGCAGCCCCGGCGCAUCGAGCCAGCCGGCCGGUGGCUCGCUCCGGGCGCUCGGCGGUGUCAACUCCGUGUGCGCCCACCUGAAAGAACAGCUCACGAUCUCCUACAGGCUGGACCAUGGUCACGCCCCGUUUCCACGGAUGCGCGUCAACCAGAUGCAGUGCGCCGCGGACGGCGCCGCCGUGCGCGCAUACGCGGUGCUCUCCAACGACACCGAGCCGGACGAGAGUGGCAGCCGUCGACGCCGCUUCUUGGUCGGCGACGAGGCCUUGGUGGCUGACGGGCACUGGGACCAAGCUCAGCGCAUGCUCUGCCUCAGGGCGUGCCGGGUUACGCUACGGGCGCCGCCGUCUGCUCCGGUGGUGGUGCGAGAGGUUGAUUGCGGGAUCGGGAUGAGCUUCUGGUUCCCAGCAGUGUGGACGAUGCGGGACCGGAGCGUGGUGGCCGGGAUGCUCUGGAACUCCAGCCAUGCCGAUGCCGAAGCUGAACCGACCCACCGUGUGAUAACAGCGUGGAGCAUCGACGACCUGAGAAGCACCACCAACCUCUCUGACGUGAAAUAUAACUACAACGACACGAUGCUCGAGGAGGCCAAGAAGCAACAUCGGGAGCUCAGCAAAGGGAAGAAGGUCAGGGGGUCGCACUCUUUCCCGGAUUUCAACUCUGCUAACGCCGACUCCGAGUUUAGUUUCCACGGCCUGAACUUCGCGGGUGGACGGGCCUACCCAGUCACAAUCGGCUCGGCGAUGGUCGCCCGCAAUAUUCUGGCCGCCAACGAUUUCUUCUCCGGGCACUGGGCGGUCCACGGGGGUACGCGCGCCACCCUGCUGAAUGUCAGCUACGUCAUACGCUACUCCGCUCCACGUGACAAGAUCAGGGUACGUCGUGCCAAUGCGGCCUCCUACUCAAACGACUACUCAUAUAGCUUUGAGGAAAGAAAGAUCUUGGCAGAGGGAAUUUAUGAUCGGAAGAGGGGCAUCCUGUGCAUGGUCGGCUGCCAGGAGCGCAACGGCCGCUCGACGGACUGCCAGGCGCUGGUAACGGUGCAGUUCGCUUCCCUUGAUUCCAAGGCGCAGGCGCACGGAACUGGAGCCAUCAUCAGCCUCAGAGACAAGACCGAUCGCCUCUUCUUCGAGAAGAUCAACUUCAUCUUGCACGGGAUGUACUCCAGGCAAGCGGCCAUGGCUAUAUCGAGGAUGGACAUGGAGAGCAUCAUGCUGGUGGCCUCCACAACUCUGUCAUGUGUCUUCACCAUCCUCCAGAUCCUCCACACCAAGAGGAACCCGAAGGUGGCUCCGGCGACAUCGGUAACCAUGCUCGCCGUGCUCAGCAUGGGGUACCUUGCCCCUCUCGUGCUCAACUCAGAGGUCCUGUUCGUGAGCAGGAGGAGCCAGUACUAUGAUUCGUACCCCACGAGACGGAGGCUCGAGAUAAACGAGGUCAUGAUGAGGGCGCCUACACUGAUCGCCUUCGUGCUACAGCUGCGCCUUCUUCAGCUGGCGUGGUCUGGCCGCCGCAUAUCCACCGUGUCGGAGAAGGCCGUUCUGUGGAUAUGCCUGCCGCUGUACAUUCUCGGAGGAGUCGUGGCCGCGGUCGUCCAUAUGAUCAAGGCACGCGCCGCCGCGCGUAGUGACCCAUGGGCCAUGAACAUGAGGGGUGGGCCGGCGGCGAUCUGGCAGGACCUUGUGUCGUAUGCGGGGCUGAUACAGGAUGGUUUCCUGCUCCCGCAGGUCAUCCUGAACGCAUCCUUGGGAGGGGCCAGAGCUCGAGCAAUCUCACCGUGGUUUUACAUGGGGGGCACCAUGAUCCGCGUGAUGCCUCAUGUGUAUGAUGCAAUCAGGUCCCAGAUCUACCAGCUGACCAUGCGCUCCUCCAACCUAUACGCGAGUCCCCGCGGCGACCUCUUUGGUGUGGCUUGGGACGUGGUUAUACCGUGCGGGGCGGCCUUGCUGGCCUUGUUGUUGUUCUUGCAGCAGCGACUUCCACGCACCGAGUCGCUUCCUUCGCAGAGGAGGAGAUUGGGUGGGUAUGAGAUGGCCUCUAACAUUUAA